AUGGUCGCUGAUGACCUCGUAGCAUGGAUAACAAUGAUUAAGGGCUAUGGAACUGAUGGAUUGGGUCCUCAAGCUUCAAAAUGGUUAAGAGAAUUCGGUGGAAGUAGAAGUAAAGCCAAGGAGAAUGCAGAACUUCAUUUGAAAGUUUAUGGUUUUGUUAAAGGAUACACCCAUUGGGCAGCUCAUGGAGAAUUUGUUUACUCUAGUGCACCAAAACCUACUUCCUAUGAUAUCUCACAUGGGGUACGGGAUGAACUUGAUGACAUGCAUGGUUUGGUUCAUGAUGCAAUGGGAAUUCCUGAACAAGAUUAUACAAGGAUAGAUGGAACUGAAUACAAAAGCCAAUUGCCCAAUGUAGAAGCUGAAAAGUUUUACAAUCUAAUUGAUAAUUCUAACAAAGAGCUUUACUCUGGAUGUAAAAGAUUCUCAAAACUUUCCUUUAUGAUUCGGCUGCUUCACCUCAAAUGCCUUGGUAAACUCAGCAACAAAAUUUUUGAUAUGUUACUUGAUUUGUUGAAAGAAGCCUUUCCAGAUGCGAUGGAUGGUUUGCCUAAGUCUUAUUAUGAAGUUGAAAAGUUAAUGAAGGAAUUAGGACUUGGGUAUGAUAAAUAUGAUGCAUGUCCGAAUGACUGCCAUAUGAGAUGGCAUGCAGAAGGUCGUACUAAGGAUGGUAACAUGAGGCACCCUGCUGAUUCUCCAUGUUGGCAAACAUUUGACUUUCAUCAUCCAGAAUUUUCUCAAGAUUCUCGUAAUGUGAGGUUGGGCCUAGUAUCAGAUGGAUUUAACCCAUUCAAAAAUAUGAGUUCAACUCAUAGCACUUGGCCGGUAAUAUUGAUGCCAUAUAAUUUGCCGCCAUGGAUGUGUAUGAAACAACCGAACUUUAUGUUGUCAUUGUUGAUACCCGGUCCAUUUGCACCAGGAAAUAAUAUUGAUAUAUAUUUAAAACCUCUCAUAGCAGAAUUAAAGGAAUUGUGGGAUGUUGGAGUGAAUACAUAUGAUGCAUCAAGAAAAGAAAACUUUCAACUUCGUGCAGCACUUUUAUGGACCAUCAGUGACUUUCCAGGUUAUGCAAUCCUCUCCGGAUGGAGCACUAAAGGAAAACUUGCAUGUCCUGUAUGCCAUAAAUACACAUCUUCACAGCAUCUGCAAAAUUGGGGAAAAUAUUGCUAUAUGGGGCAUCGAAGGUACUUGGAAAUGAACCAUCCAUUUCGCAAAGAUGCUAAAUCUUUCAAUGGAGCUGUAGAGUAUGGAAAACCACCAGGAAGGUUAAUGGGGUCUACAAUUUUAGAUGAGUUAGCUGGUUAUAGUAUUAAACUUGGGAAGACAGUUAGUGACAAUCCAGAAUUGCCAUUUAAUUGGAAAAAAUUAAGUAUUUUCUUUGAUUUGCCCUAUUGGAAAGACAAUAUGAUACGUCAUAAUCUUGACGUUAUGCACAUUGAGAAGAACAUCUGUGAGAUCAUUGUGGCUACAUUGUUGAAUCUGGAAAAAACCAAAGAUAAUAAAAAGUCACGUCUUGACCUUCGUGAUAUGGGUAUAAGAUCAGAAUUGCAUCCCAUUGAGAAGGGAAAUGGUAGGAGUGUUCUGCCUCCAGCUUGCUUUACAAUGAAAAAGAAGGAAAAGGAGAUAUUUUACAAAGUUUUGAAAGGGAUAAAAGUUCCAGAUGGCUACGCAACAAAUAUUUCUAGAUGUGUUAAAGUAAAGCCACAAAAAAUUUCUGGAUUAAAAAGUCAUGAUUACCAUAUUUUGAUGCAACAACUUCUCCCAAUAGCUCUGCGCAGGACUUUAUCAAAAGCAGUUCGCUCUCCUUUAGUCAAAUUGAGCAGGUAUUUUCGCAAGUUGUGCUCCAAAGUUUUGGAUCCAGCAGAUUUAGUUCAUUUGGAAAAAGAGAUUGGUAUCAUACUUUGUCAAUUAGAAAGGAUUUUUCCACCAUCCUUUUUUAAUGUGAUGGUACAUCUAGCUGUUCAUUUGGUUAGCGAAGCAAAAAUAGGAGGGCCUGUCCAUUAUCGGUGGAUGUAUCCUAUAGAAAGCAAACACCAUAAAAUGGUGGAGGAGCAAAAUCCAUGUGCUGGAAAACAUGUCAUUGAGCGUAUUCAUUGUGAGAAUUUUGCAGAUUGGUUUUCGAACCAUGUUAAGCAGAUUCAAGUGGCUGAUGGUGUUGACAUCUCCAAAGAUUUGAAACUUCUGGCUAGGGGUCCAAAUAAUGUGGGGAGAACAUAUCAAAAGAUUCUUGUCACUGGCUUUCGCUUCCAUACAAGACAAUUAGAAUCUCAGAGGAAAACUCAGAAUAGUGGGGUUCUUGUCAAUGCAACAACAUCAAGCUUUUCGAGUACUAAAGAUAAUAAUCCAAUUUUAAGUGACUUGGCUUACUAUGGUAUUUUGACGAAUAUCCUUGAGUUAAAUUACACUGAAGGCCGAACUGUCACCUUAUUUGAAUGUGAUUGGAUAUCAAAAGGCAAAAGAUUAAAGCAAGAUGAGGAUGGAUUCACAUUGGCCAACUUCAAGAAUGUAAAGCCUCACCCUGAGCCAUAUGUGAUAGCAACCCAAGUUUCACAAGUUUUUUAUGUUGAAGACCCUUUAGCUGAAGGCUGGAGUGUUGUUGUUGCUACAUCUCCUAGGAAUGAGUUUAUGAUGGACCCCGUAUGUGAUAUUGAGAUGUAUUUGCAGAGCACAAUUACCUCAACAACUCAAAUGGACAAUGAGAAUGAAGACAUUCGAUGGGUUCGAGAAGAUGAUGGAGAUGAAAUACUCCACUAG